ACAUCAUCGUACUCAUCGCUUCCGUUGCCGUGGUUUCAGCCGGUAGCCAGGGUAACAUCUUUGCCACCUCUGCGCUGCGUAGCCUUCGUUUCCUUCAGAUCCUGCGCAUGGUGCGCAUGGACCGCAGGGGAGGGACCUGGAAGCUGCUGGGAUCUGUAGUGUACGCGCACAGUAAGGAGCUGGUGACUGCCUGGUAUAUUGGGUUUCUGGUGCUGAUCUUCUCCUCCUUCCUGGUUUAUCUGGUGGAGAAAGAAUUUAACAAGGAGUUUGCCACCUACGCUGACGCUCUGUGGUGGGGCACGAUCACCCUCACGACCAUCGGCUACGGUGACAAGACCCCGCAGACGUGGACGGGACGGCUGUUAUCAGCCGGUUUUGCUCUGCUGGGAAUCUCCUUCUUCGCUCUGCCAGCUGGCAUCCUUGGGUCAGGUUUUGCCCUGAAGGUGCAGGAGCAGCAUCGACAGAAACACUUUGAAAAGAGGAGGAACCCAGCAGCCAGCCUUAUCCAGGUACACACACACGCAGCAACCAAACACACUUCACCUUCACCGAUG